AUGGUUAAGCAUCAUAAAGAAUCAAACUCUCGAUCGGAGAGGAGCGCGACGAAUAAUGAGAGCAAAGGGACAACGAAGUCGCACAAUAAUAUUGCCGAUGACAAAGACAGCGACAAGAAGCAAGUGGGCAAUCAAAAGACAUGCCGGAAAUGCAUUAGAAGAGCCAUGCUUAAAUUCAAUAUGAAUAGUGUGGUUAAUAUCAAUACCCAAGCGAUGGGAAUGGCCGGAACGCAUAUCCCCCACACCGCUGGCGAACUGGUUCUCAUUCAAUCGCAGCACGAAGUUGGUUAUAGCAUACAGAUUGCAGUAUUACCAAAGGACCAGAGACGUACUCGCCAUAACAGUCGGGGCAAAAUUGUCUGUCUAGACUUCAUGUUCGACCCGAGCAGCGACUUUAUACUGUUGUGCAACAUGACCCAAGUCACUACGGAGCCAAUUGUUAUCAGGCCGCUACCGCUAUCUCGUCGGAACGAACCAUUGAAACUCGGGUCUCUCGGGAAAGUCCCCCUUAACUCCUCAUACGGUAUCUACGCUUGGGGCGAGCAUCUCUUCGAUGUUACUGUCUUCCCACGCUGCUAUAUUUCCGUUGCAGAGCCUCCCAGCCACAUGAUGAGGAUUAAUAAAAGAGCGUUUGAGCCAUCAUCUUCACAGCCGGGCCCAUCGAAAGCCAAGAGGGCGAAAUUAAGGGAGACAAUCGACGAGUCAAAUGCCACUACCAUCAUCCAGACAACAGCACAACCACCUCCACCACCGGCCAAGGAGCUGGUUGCCGCAAACACAAUUUCAAACACAGACAGGACAGAUAUAGGCACCGUUUUAAGUAUAUGUCAUCCGCUGGAACACCUUCGUAUUGGCGAUACUGUGAAGAUAGCCGGCGCUACUGAGCAAGAAGACUAUACACUUACUCGCAAGGAUGAUAUAUCGGUUCAAACAAACUCGACUGUUUUCAAAGCAGACCACUCAAGCUUUUCGGAGAAGUCAAUAGCGGUCAAAGUAUGGCGAAGUAAGUUGGAUCACGACCCUAUUUCAAAGCAAGGAGUGAAUAUCUCUACCGUCGGUAAACAUUGGUUGAAUGAGGUGAAGAAUCACACCAAAGUAAGCCAGCAUCCCGCCAUUGCUACUGUUUUUGGCUUUGACGCAAGAUUGCUAUCGCUAUAUAUGGAACAUGUAAACGCACCUAGCUUACAAUGUUAUCGCGAACGAGGAAGAAACCCUUAUUGCACUUUGAACAGUUUCGACGCAAAGCGAGUGCUCUAUAGUAUAACUGAUGCACUCCAGUUCAUCCACAGUAAGGGAAUCACGCACGAUGAUAUUAAGCCAGCGAAUAUUCUUUACUCCAAAGAGAGGGGACCGGUUCUUAUCGAUUUUGGGUGGUCAUCUAAUGGAUAUGUGCACACCGCGGGAUCACCAUGGUACAUACCGCCUGAAUAUGAGAAGAAAGGACAACGUGGAGCCGCGGGUGACAUAUUUGCACUCGGCGUCGUUAUGCUCUUUCUCUUGGGCAUGAUUCCCCUCCCAGAAUUACAGUCGCCACCCUUGAUAUGGCAUAUUUCUCGCCUAAGGGGUGGAGGCCCGGAGACUUUUGCGGCUGUAGAAGCAAUGAAGCGGUGGUUGAUAAUUGUUCAAGAAGCUGCAAAGGAGCUUCUCGUGGAUUUGGAUGACUCUCUUAUGGGUGUUGGACGCAUUGUUGCUAAGAUGGUAGAUAAAGAUGUCAAGAGGCGGAUUACGGGGCCUGAGAUAAUCCAAGCAUUUGAUGGGCACAUGUAG